AAAGUCUAACUGACUUGUGCUUAAGUAUUUUGUGACCACGUAAGUCAUGUUUGACAGUAUAGAAAACAUAGGAGACAGUGAGGCAAACAGCUGAACUGAAAGCUGAAGGUAACAGGAAAGGACAUGACUGAAGAAGAGAUGUCCUCCCAAGUCAUACUGAGGCUGCUGCCCAGAGCCAGAUGCAUGUUUGAUGAGCCUGUUCAGGUGAUGGUGUCCGGGCUGAGGGCGAGACAGGUGGUCACCAUGAGAGCCAGAUCAACUGACGAGAAAGGAGUGGAGUUCAGCUCCUCGGCCACCUACAAGGCUGAUGGGAACGGGGAGAUCAACCUGGAGAGAGACCCCUCACUCAGCGGGAGCUACGUUGGGGUUGAACCCAUGGGUCUGCUGUGGUCGAUGAGGGCAGAUGUCUUGCACAAAAGGUUUCAAAAAAACAAAUCAUUAAACCCCCACGUGGUGAAGUUCUCUGUGCAUGAGGAGGAGGGGGAGGGCAGGAUGCUGGCAGAGGCGACCAAUGAGAGGCUUGUGAUGGGAGACGGGGUGAGCCGGCGUCCUGUCAAAGAGGGGAAUAUUCGUGGAGUCCUGUUCACUCCCCCAGGAGGAGGUCCGUUCCCUGCUGUGUUGGAUCUGUACACUUUUGGUGGAGGUUUGUCAGAGAAAAGGGCCUCUCUGUUGGCCAGCCGUGGAUUUGUGGUUCUGACUGUAGCCCUGUACGGUCAUGAUGACAUGGCGAGGAACAUCACAGAGGUCCAUCUGGAUUAUUUUGAAGAAGCAAUUGAGUUUUUAAGAAAACAAGACAAGGUGGGCAGUAGAGGAGUUGGUGUAAUAUCACUUUCAAAAAGUGCAGAUCUUGCACUAUCAGUAGCCUCUUACCUGCCAGAUGUCGAGGCCACAGUGUGGAUAAAUGGCUGCUGUGCUAAUACACUUCUACCCCUUUACUAUAAGAGGAGCCAAAUCCAUCCUGGGUUAAUGUUUGACGGCAGCAAGAUGAUUCCCACUGAGUCAGGGGCCUUUAAUUGCAAGUAUGCUACACAUAAUCCUUUGGCAGAGGAGAACAAGGCCACCCUGAUCCCCAUUGAACAAGCCAAGGGGCGUUUCCUCUUUGUGGCUUCAGAGGACGACCUCAACUGGGACAGCAAGACUUCUGUGGACAUAAUGGUGGAGAGACUGAAGCGUCAUGGGAAGCAGAACUUUGAGAGUGUGUGUAACCCUGGAGCAGGACAUUACCUCGAGCCGCCUUAUGGACCCUACUGCCCCUCCAGUUUUCAUGGGGUUGUAGGAAAGCCAGUCCUGUGGGGGGGUGAGCCCAGGUCCCACGCUGCAGCUGAAGUCCACCUGUGGAAGAAGAUCCAGGAGUUCUUCACAACUCACCUGGGCUGUGAUGCUGCACAGACUGAAGCCAAAUUAUAGAUACAAAUGUCAUAAUAUGGAAGACAUAAGAGAUAAAUCACCAGCCAAAUAACUGUGAAUGAUUGUGCAUGAAUGUUUUGGAAUGAAGCAAACAAUUUAAUAUUUGAUUAAUAAUUAAACAUUUCAUUUAGCAUAUGCUAUUCACAGAGAGAAAAUGCAAAUAUUUUAAUACUGCACUCAGGGCCCUCUGAGUAGCUGUAACUUGAUAAACAUGGCCAAGAUCAUUCAAGGUAAAGCCAAUGAUGUUUUGGCAAAGUGUAACAAUCAUUCCCAGCCUAUUUGUGUUGCCCUAUGGUCUAUCUAUCUAUCUAUCUAUCUAUCUAUCUAUCUAUCUAUCUAUCUAUCUAUCUAUCUAUCUCUAUCUAUCUAUCUAUCUAUCUAUCUAUCUAUCUAUCUAUCCUGUCAUUUCCCAGAACUUGUUUCGCAAUCACAAUGUUUACCACGGCACUCUGCUCUCACCAACACAAUGUUUGCCAGCUCACUCUUUUCUUAGACUUCAACCCAGAGUGAGACCAGGGUAUUCAGGGUUAUUCAGAUUUAGUAAACAUGUUUUGCUUCUAACUUUAUCUCAACCGUCAGACAUUUCUAGACCUUUUUUCCACCACAUAUUCCCCUUGAAUCCCUUUUCUACCAAUUAGGUAGAACAUACAUAAGUGAUCUCAAAUUGCCAGAUUACCGCUGCUGUCAGAUUUUAUGUGUCCAUACAUGUGUGUAAGGUUAUUGAUUUGUGUUUGUGAAACUGUCCUGUUGCUGUUAGCUUGCUAUGAUAAGCUUAUAACUGAAGUGUAACAAUACCUUAUUAAUUAUGCUAGUGCAUAAUCAGAAAAGUCACUUAAGCAUAACAGACUACACAACAAGGUUACAUGAAAUUAGGGUUCACAUCGUGUAAGAGCGAAAAACCUGUCGGCUGCUUACAGGGAAACUCUCUUACAGCCCCUCCCACUGGCGACCUUUAACAUGAAUCUAUCAAUAUUACACACAGUGAUUUUACUGGUACAUAGCAUCAUCAGUAGGUAACUAAAAAAUGAUACUAACUCAUGAAUGAUUAUCAGAGAGUACAGGAUUCUUAACUGUAAAUGUUUGUCUGCCUGGCUGUAGUGAUAGCAAAAACAUACUGUGGAAUAGAUAUGAUUGUGUUAUUACAAUGAAAUCACAAAUAUAGGUGACAACAUGUGUGAAUUAGCUAAAAUGAACAGUGAGUUGACAAAUCAAAUGUAUUGUAAUGUAAUACUGUGAUGUAAUGUGAUGUGGUGAUGUAAUAUAAUGUGGUGUGUGCCAUCUGCCAU